GGAUAAACGCGUUUUUUUUUCAGGUGGAGGUCCCUACAACUAGGUUCGCGGUCUUUGAUAACCGUAACUACACUAUGAACAAUAGGUAGUAUUUGUUCAAGUUAAUAUUCGAUAGCACGAACGCGUUAUUAAUACACACGGUUUUAGGUUUACUUUACCUUUUCUUUUAUCUGUGCGUUGGUCGAGAGAGUGAUUUUUCGCGAUAUUUAGCCUACCUAUUUUGUAUGUUAACCUAUGUAAAUUUGUGUAGGUGAAUUUUGUUUGUUUUUUUUCGCCACUCGAAUGUUGCUGCUUCGAGAUAGUUUUUUUCACUUCGAAGUAUUAGUUUUCUGGUGAUGUUUCGUUGAUAAAUUUCAAUUUCGUGUGAACCCUAAAAACAACACCUAUCUAUAGAAAUUUGUUCGUUAUUUUUUGUUUUUUGUUUUUUUCUAACGCGAUACUUCACAUACAAAUGCAAUUAUGGAUUUGACAACGAGACGGACUGAAAAUCAUAAUACAUCUGAUAAAUACAGUAAUAGUAAUCACAACGAUCAUAAUGAUGCAGCCAAUAAUAACCAUAUCGGUAAUGGCAAUAAAGCUAGAAGUUCCAAAUCUAUAUUUUCAAUUCGCAGCAUCAUGGAUGUUUCCGAAGAUGACUGUAAUCAGACUAAUGACAUUAAUACGAAUUCGGAUACGAACGACGAUAAAUCAGUGGACGUCUGUUCAGAUCCAACCAACAGCAGACCAGCUAGUCGAAAAGAAGACAGCGAUGAGCCGGACGGCGACCUAGACAAUUACAGCAGUACGCCAAAACGAAAGCAAAGAAGAUAUCGAACUACCUUUACUAGUUUCCAAUUAGAAGAAUUAGAAAAAGCAUUUUCCCGCACCCAUUAUCCGGAUGUCUUUACUAGGGAGGAGCUCGCACUGAAAAUAGGACUUACCGAAGCUCGUAUACAAGUUUGGUUCCAAAACAGACGAGCGAAAUGGCGCAAGCAAGAAAAAGUAGGCCCUCAAGCGCAUCCUUAUAAUCCGUACAUAAACAGCACCACCGGUACAGUGGCCAAUGUGCAAACCGCCAUAGCUCCAUCGCUUCCAAAUCCAUUCGUGCACGUCGGCUUCAACAUGAACAGAAGACCGCACGAUCCGUUCAUCGGCAGAUAUCCGCAAUUGAGCCCUGGCCAUUUAUUUUUAGGGCACGGUUCGCAUAUUCCUAGACCUCCGCCUUUACUAGGUCAUCUGGCAGCCAGCGCCGCCGUCUAUCCGAAUAAUUCCUUUCAUACGUUACUGGCCAAUAUCAGCGCCGCUCACAGACCACCAAUGACCGCCGAUCCUUCGGCCAUUAGUCCGGUCGAGUCGGAGGAAGCUUUAUCGCCGACAACCCCGACCUUGUCUUCCUCGCCGGAAUCGCUUCCUGAUAUAGAUCGCCGAAGUUCGAGCAUAGCUGCACUCAGGCUAGCAGCUCGAGAAUACGAAUUGAGAUCAGAACUGAUCAGAAAAGAUGAUUUUGUUAGUUAAUAUUAUUGCAUUAAAGAGUAUUACGAAACGAGAAGUUUAUUAAGGUGGUUUUUUUCUCUCCUCACCUUUUGCCUUGUUUAAAUAAUUAUGUAUUUGUAUUAAUGAUUUAAUAUGAUUAUUUGUUGAAUAUUUUUUUCCUUUUUCCUUUUGUUUAAAAUUUUGUUUCCUUUGCGUGUGUUUGUGUGUCUUAGAAUUUUAUUUUGUCUCUCAUUUAGUAUCUCUCUUAUUUUUUUUUCUUUUUAUUUAAGAAAUUUAUGUUGCAAUGUAUAUUAGUUAAUAUAGUAGUGAGCAUUUCAAAAGAAAUACAUUUCGUUUUACG